AGUUGCACAGUAGAAUGAGCUUACGAAGCAAGUUUAAAUACCGCUUGUUAAGUCAACAACUAGCGAGCAUUGAUCAUUCGUAGUCCACACCCAUCCUCAUCGCUCUGUAUUCCCCUAUACACUGGUCUACUGAUCCCCCGAUAUAUCAUGCCUGCUGGGCCUGCUGUAUAUGCCAUGCCUGCUGGGCCUGCUGUACCUACUCUAUGCUGCCGGGAGCUGUGGGUGAACGGGUCUUCCGACUGUGGAUAGCCAAUGAUAAAGAAAUGCACCCCAUGUUCUAACAAAACAAAAAAAAAAAUUAAUUUUUUUUUAAUUUUUUUGUUUUAAAUAAAGAAUUGUGCACCCCGUGCCUUGGCUAUUAUGGGAACAUCGAUAACGGACAUAUAACCAUCAAACCACUUUUGAGCAGGCCCAUACAGUAGUUACUUUUCUUUCUAGUAGUAGCUAUGAUUCUGAAUCAUCCACCGAUAGACCCAAGUGUAUUUAGUUUUAUAAACACUUCCAGUAAUAACUCCAACUCCAGUACUAAUAAUUCGAGUGCCAAUACUAAUAUUGAUAUGGAUUUAAAUGACUUAGCUUGGAAUAAUGUUAAUGUACCACCACCGGUAUCAUCGACCACGGUUAACUCUGACUCACUCAAUUUGAAUGGAGAGAUUUUUUUCAACCAGAAUAAUCAACUAACCAAUGCCGAUAUUGAUGCUUUAACUGCAGAUUUGAAUUCAUCAAGUAGCUCUACUUCUUUACCAAAUACUUACCUGGAUUUAAAUACUUCGAUUACUACUCCGGAAUUUCCUUCUCCCAAUAAAAUGUCCUACCAUUAUGCUUAUAAUGAACGACCAAAUAUCCGUCAUAGUCAUUCUUCUUCGUUCAGUUUACCUAUUGAUCAAUUGAAUCUACUUACUUUAAAACCUUUCCUGUCUUAUUCUUCUAAAUCGCCAUCUCCAGAUGAACAACCACAAGCUGAUUCAACUCCGGCCAGACCAACAAAGGCUACUAAUCAUCGCCAAUCAAAAAGUCAAGAUUUUGAUUUUUCAAAUGCUACAAUUAACCCCCGGCAAUUAUUCACGGAAUCAAUUCCAGAAUUAGAAUCUUCCAAAACAAAUAAUGAGAUUCUUCCUCAAUCAAUUGCCAUCAAUUCUAAUUCCGGAGGGUACGUCUUGCCUUCUUCCGUGUCGUCCCCCUCUUUAUCUACUUUAUUUAAACAAGUGAAUAAACCCGCACCUCCCAUAACAAGUAAUCGUCCCAGUGGUAAAUCAAGAUCGAUUUCUUUGAGUUCGGGAGUUAAUCAGCAGCCCAACCCCCACGAUGAAAAAUUCGAUUUUGUUAUGAAUGAUGAAUGUUUUAAUGCCAUUUCUUAUUGGUUAAAUAAUACUUCUGAAGUUGUUAAUAAAGAAGAAAUCCCACCAAUUCAACAAGAAGAACUGCUGGCAGAAAUCUUAACUAAUCCAACUGGAAUGGUGAAGAAUUCUCAAUUCAAACGUCGUAAUUCAAUUCAAGUUUUAUCUCAACCAAUUCAACAAUCUUUAGAUUAUGAUAUUAAUAAUUCAAUCACCUAUAAUUCUGCUGGUCAGAAAAGAAAACGUAGAAAAUCUUUCAAUUAUGAAAUGAUGGUUCCUCCUCCUUUAAUUCAUCGUGGUUCUUCAACAACAAAUACUCCUUUGAGUAGUGCCAAUUCAACAACUUCUUUAUCUUCUUUAUUACCAAAUUCCCCAAAUAAAGAUGUUCAUUGGUCAAAUUCUCCUUCUAUUCUACAAAAUCAAAAAUUCGACCAUAUUCCAACGUCUUUAACCGAAAAUAUCAAAGAAGAACAAGAAGUUAAACAUGAUGAUGAUGAUGAUAGUCCAAAACCUUUCCCCUGUGCUGAUUGUACUAAAGUGUUCAAAAGAAGUGAACAUUUAAAAAGACAUAUAAGAUCAGUCCAUUCGAAUAUUAGACCUUUCCACUGUAAAUACUGUGAGAAAAAAUUCUCCAGAUCAGAUAAUUUGGCUCAACAUUUGAAAACUCAUUAUAAAACUGAUGAAUUCGGUAAUACUACAAUUAUUUAUGGCAAUCCCAAUAUCAAUGGCCGUGGUGGAAGAAGAAAAUCAAAACCUACUUGAAUUUGUUUUCUUUUCAAUUUUUUUUUUUUUCUCUUUAUUUCUCUUCUAUUUAUUCUCUCGAUGUUUUGCGUAUUCUUUAGGCAUUGGUUGUCACCUCUUUAUAGUUUCUUCAAUAUAUGGAUUAUGAAUGCUUAUACCCUUUGUAUUGGUGUUUCCUAAUUAGGACUCGCAACAAGCAUGGGCGCACGACCCUGGCUGUUUCAUGACCCUAAUACUACUACUACUACCAAUAAUACUACUACUACUAUACCAAUACUACUGCUAAGGCUAAUACUAGUACUAGCACUAACACUGGUACUUGGGCUAAUAGUGAAUACUGGCAAAUGAACUCGAGAAAAACGAGAAGUUCAGGUGAAAUCUACGAGUCUUCAUACUCAUUGAAUUUUCAGGUUAAAAUUGGCAGUAGAAGAUUACAUGACAGUAGAAUCCUCGUAUUUCACUUGGUCAUUGAACAAACAGUAUUUUGUAACUCAUGAAUAUUGUU